UGCGCAGUUGAUAUAAUCGUUCACACGUCCAUCAGCUUGCUACAUAUCGAGCUGUAUUCUCUCUGCUGUUCAUCAGUACGCUACUACAUCACAUUCACUUAGGUUCUCAUACAGUUUUUUUUUAUUGAGGUGCACGUCACUGCUAAUUAAAUUCUUUUUAGUGUAUUCAUAGACAAUAAUAGCUUACAGUUUAUUUUAUUGUCAACGCAAGAUGAAGGUAGUUCUAGUUUUGGGAUUGGUGGUCUUUGCCAUCAACUCAGUAAGCUCCAUAAAUUUAAAUGAGGUUAUUGAAGAAGAAUGGGGUUUAUUCAAAGUUCAAUUCAAGAAAAUAUAUGAAGAUGUUAAGGAAGAAGCAUUCCGUAAAAAAGUAUAUUUAGAUAAUAAGUUGAAAAUUGCCAGACACAAUAAAUUGUAUGAAACUGGCGAAGAAACAUAUGCCUUGGAAAUGAAUCAUUUUGGUGAUUUGAUGCAACAUGAAUAUAGUAAAAUGAUGAAUGGAUUUAAACCCAGUUUGGUUGGUGGUGAUAAAAAUUUCACUGAUGAUGAAGCUGUGACUUUCUUGAAAUCUGAAAAUGUUGUUGUUCCAAAGGCAAUUGACUGGAGAAAGAAAGGUUAUGUAACUCCAGUUAAAAACCAAGGACAAUGUGGAUCAUGUUGGUCAUUCAGUGCUACUGGAGCAUUGGAAGGACAACAUUUCCGUAAAACUGGUGUGCUAGUAUCAUUGAGUGAGCAAAACCUAAUUGACUGCUCUCGUAAAUAUGGUAACAAUGGUUGUGAAGGUGGUCUUAUGGAUCUUGCUUUCAAGUACGUCAAAUCUAACAAGGGACUUGAUACUGAAAAAUCUUACCCAUAUGAAGCAGAGGAUGAUAAGUGUCGUUAUAAUCCAGAGAACUCUGGGGCCACUGACAAAGGUUUUGUUGACAUACCAGAAGGUGACGAAGAAGCCCUCAUGCAUGCUUUGGCUACUGUAGGACCAGUGUCCAUUGCUAUUGACGCUUCAUCUGAGAAAUUCCAAUUUUAUAAAAAGGGUGUGUUCUACAAUCCUCGUUGUAGUUCCACAGAACUGGACCAUGGAGUGCUUGUUGUUGGUUACGGCUCUGACCACAAAGGAGGAGAUUAUUGGAUUGUUAAGAAUUCAUGGGGCAAGACUUGGGGAGAUCAAGGUUAUAUAUUGAUGGCACGUAACAAGAAAAACAACUGUGGUGUUGCAUCUAGUGCCAGUUAUCCUUUAGUUUAAAUGUUUUCAAUUUAAAAUUGUUAAUUGUAAACUAUUUUUUUAAACAUUUCUCAAUAUUUUUUAUUAUAGCAUUAUUAAUGUUUCACUUAAUUAUUUAUAAGAAUGUAUUGAUUUCCAAAACAAAUUUUAAUAAGACAUCCUUCUAUUUUAAGUUUUUUAUUUAAACCUAUUUUGUGUUUUCUCUCAAAUAUCAGUUAUCUAUGUUCGUACAUUAUUCUUAAAAAAUUAUUAAAGACAUUGUUGUAUGUAUUAAUGCCAUGGAAUAUAUAAUGUAAAUACAUUUUUGUAACUUUGGAAAAUAUGCCAGGUUAACAAAAGCAAGACAAAUCAAAAAAUUAACUAUUAUUUCAUAUUGUAAAAAAAAAAACUUAUAUAAAGUAAUAUUCCUUAUUAGUAGAGUUCUACAUAACUCAUAGAUUAAUAUAACAGUUUUUUAAAUGAAUA